AUGGAAGUACUUCCUGCCAUAUUGCCUUCCUCAAUGCGCCUUGAUGCCAUAACAGACCCAAAAGUACGAGGACUGUUGGAGGAAGAACGAACUGUGCGUGAACAGCGUCUGAGCAUAUCCGAGGCACUACGGAGUCUGGUUCAGGCAAAGGACAAAUGUCUUGCCGAGUACAUGCCAAAACUUGAGAAUUUCAAUGCAGAGAUGACUGCCACUAUUGAUGCUCUCAUAUUAGAGAAGGAUAAAGUCUUCGCAGCGCUUGACGAACUGAAAACGCUGCAGGCCAAAUGUGCGAGCCUGCGCCAGGAAAUUCAAGCAAUAGAUCACGCUGGCAACACACUUUCUCGAGAAAUACGGGAUUUAGAAAAUGGGUUGCAGAGAGAGACACAAGAACUCAACCGCCUGCGUGAAGAACGCGCCACACGGGUGAGCCGUCUGCGUUUUUCCACAAUGGAUCAAGUACAGCAGGAACUGAAUCGAAUUGAUAAAGAAAUUGCAAAGUGUGGUAGUGGGGCGUCUGUACUGCGCGGCAAACGUAUGCAGGUGGAACAGCAGGCGAAAGAGGAGCUGCAGGGACUCGCUGCAGCAGACGAUCGUAUAGCCGCAAAGUGCCGCCGUGUGGAAACAUCUCGUGCAGAACUUAACGCAAAAGCGGCGGAACAGCGAGCGAAGGAAGAGGAGCGUGUAAAACUGCGCGAACAACUUCAGGCCAUGGAGAAAGAUCCUACAGAACGUAAUGCGCAAUUUACAACACUCCGAAGUGAAUUUAAACGAUUACAGAACGAACUCAAAGAGGCGCUUCGCUCACGUAAACAACAACGGCCAGUAAGUGAGGAAAUGGAAAACCUGCGGCAGACGCAGGAAACAUAUAUUGUGAAUCUUCGCGCUAUUGACAAGAAACUUGAAAUACUACGCAAAGAGUUGCCGUAUCGUACCUUUACAUACCCAACAAAGUUUAAAUCCGCUAUUAUCGGUAAAGGUGGCUCAACCUUAGAACAGUUACAGGUAGACUUUGGUGUGGCUAUUUGCAUUGAUGGUGUUAGUGCCGGCAGUGGCUAUGUAGUGGGAAGUACAGCUGAUAUGGAUGCUGCCGUAGCUGCUAUUAAGGAUAUUAUUACUGCAGAAGAGAUGUGCAGUCACGAAAUAAAGUUAAAGUACGAUACCACGUUGCGGAGGCGUUUGGUCGGUACACGUGGUGCCAAUGUGCAGAGUAUUGAACGAGAGAGUGGCGCAAGUGUGCAGGUGGGGAAUGAUGAGAUUACUCUACGCGGCACAAAAGAAGCCGUAGCAGCAGCAGAAGUACUGGUAUCGCGAUUCCUCUCUUCUCAACACCGUGCGGAACUCUCCCUGGACUCAUCCGAAGUACCACAUGUGAUUGGUAAAGAUGGCAGCGUUAUUAAACGCAUGGAGGAGGAGACAGGUGUUUCCUCUAUUCAUGUGGACCGCACAGCAUCCAAGAUUGUCGUCAAGGGUUCUGAAUCAUCUGUGAAUGAGGUACUGCGUCGUUACAAGGAACUUCUUGAAGAUAUCCGUCGCUCUACCAUUGUGAUGCGAUGUGAUAAUAACACAAUACGUUUUAUUCUGGGAUCUAAAGGACGUACUGUGCGGAAUAUUGAAAAUACCACCGGUGCGUUGCUGCAAGUAGGGGAUGGUAGCAUCACUGUACGUGGCACAUCACAGGCAGUAGAGGCGGCGUGUUUGAUGCUAAACAAUUUACGUCGCGUAGAAGUACGUGUGCCGUUGGAUACAACUAUGAUGCAUCUUUUGACAACCGCUUUGGUAGAGGUUGCCGGUAGUAGUAACUUUGGUUCCCCCAAGAUCCAAGAGGAUAAAAAUGAAAAAGAAGAAGCGGAAGAGAAUGGAGUAGGGACACAUGAAGUAUUAUCAUCAUCAUCAUCAUCAUUAUCUCCAUCAUCACCAUUGUCUUUAAAACAAGAGCAACAAGAGCAACAACAAAAAGAACAAAAAGAAGAAGAAGAAGAAGAGUUAUCUGGUGAGCAUGUCUCUACGACACUUACACCCUUUGAAGCAAUCAAGCAGGCCUCACAUUGUGAAUAUAUGACGCCCUUAAGGACGGAGGGAGUUAUACUAUUGCGGGGAAAAGAAGAGCAUGUAAACAAGGCUCAUGUAAUGCUCAAGGAGUUCGCACUAAAGUGUCAUCCGAGAGAAAUUAGUGUUUCUUUCCCGGAGGUGCUCUUUCCCACUCUCACCCGUCCGCGCGGUGGAUCUUCACCGUCAUCGUCGUUUAUCGGACAACUCACCGCCGGCUACUCGCCGUUGCUGCGUGUGCAGUUAAGACGUUCUGAAGAAAUGGCAAUUGUGAGUUCGCCCGUCCCCGAUGAAGCGGCAUCAGCAGCAGAGAAACUCCAGGAGUUCAUCGCGGCGAAGGAGACAUCAUCGGUGCGCCGUGUGCGGGAGUUCCCACCGCAGCGCAUUGGCACACUUAUGGGAACAGGCAGUAAAAAGUUGCGGGAACUCGAGGAGCGCACAGGCACGCACAUUUUAGUGCGACGUGCUGUUGGUGAAGUGCAAGUCUUUCACGAGGAGGGCGAUGAGGCAGCACUCGAGGAAGCUUUGGAGAGUAUUAGGGAGGUGGCAAAAAUGUGA